AUGGAAGAAAAUACUGCUCAAGACUGCAGAAUCUCUGCUGAAGUGGACCUCGCUGCAAUCUCAGUCCAGUCAAGGAUCCUACCCUUCUGGCGAGACCUACCACGAUCCUGGUUUAUACAAUUUGAAGUAGUCGUCGACCCCUUGAAGACAUCUGAUGACCAGAGGUUCAGAUACGUCCUGCAACAGCUGCAAACGACAGACCUACAGCACGUCACUGACAUACUGUAUGAAACGCCCGCUACAGAAAAAUAUAAUACAUUAAAGAACCGCCUACUCGCGGUAUAUGAAAAAUCUGAUGUUAAAAACUUCCAGAAGCUUAUCAGUGGUCUACAGUUAGGUGAUCAAAAACCUUCGCAGCUACUGCGCAAAAUGAGAGAGCUCAGCUCCGGAAUGAUCACCAACGACGGUCUCCGGAUCGAGUGGCUCAAUCAUUUACCCACUCAGGUACGCGUCGUACUGUCCGUCAACACGGAAUCGUCACUAGACACACUCGCGGCCAUGGCGGACAAGAUGGUCGAAUACUCCGAGCCUACGACAAUAGCUGCAAUCUCAACAUCAACACCGACAAACGAUGCCGUGUCUACUCAAUUUGCAAUAUUAACAAAACAAUUAGAAAAACUAUCACUUGAAAUAAACGAGAUACGCGGUCGCUCAAAAUAUAGACGUCAAUCAAGGCAACAUUAUCGCUCACAAUCACGAUCUCGUCCUAGCUCGUCAUAUCGCAACAAAUCAGCCGUGAAGCCCGGCGACGCAACAUGGGAAUGCAAAUAUCACUACCGAUUUGGCGACAAAGCAAAACGUUGCGAAUCACCUUGUUGCAGGCGAAUGAAAAAAGAUACUACAAAUCAUUUAAACUAG